AUGGCUUCUUCCUCCUCCUCAUCCUCAUCGAACCUCCUCCCGACAGAUAGUCAUGCAGACGAUACAGAUCUAGAUCUAGCAAAGGUCUGGGCCGAACUAUCAAGGGGCGAAAAGACAGCGCAGGCACUCGAGUCAAAUCUCACGAACCUAGAGAAGAAAAUCGACACCCUACUUGCAAGCGUAGAGUCCCAGCAUAGCGAACAGGCCCGAGACGCAGACGGAGAUGGGGGGGCGACUGCCACCGCCACUACAAGUACAGGUGGUGGUGGUGACGACAAGGACAAAGGUGGCAAUGGCAAAUCUUGA